UGCCGUUUCGUGCUUCAUGUCCCGCGGAGGAGCAAUAAGAUAUCGCCUCGAGACUUGCCUAAGAAAUUUGAAUUUAUUUUCACGAGUUGUUCGAUUGAAAACCUAAUUUUUGUACUUGAUAUUUAUACUUAGUUCACAUGGUUAUUUAAAUAUUAAUUUGUUUCUGAAUCAAGAACCUCGCAGACUUAUAAAACGGCAUCAUUAAAGAACUCAAAUCCUAAUCAUCUGUUUGCCUUUAAUAAGAAUUCAAAUUUGAGCUAUUAGUCCGUUAACAAAAUAGUUGCGUGGUAAUGACUCAUGAUAUGGAUUAAGCCAUUAACAGUUUUAUAAGUCUUGGUUAAUUUCGUUAUUUGUCCAUAAUAUUUUAAUAUUUUAUCCUUUUUGUGAAAUUGCAAGAAACAUGGAGAAUUUUACGGUGUACCAGUUGAAGUCAGAGCUUAAACGUCGCGGGAAGUCACCUGUAGGCAACAAGGCCGACCUCAUCGCGUCUUUACGAUCUGUCAUAGAGGAAGAGGGCAUCGACUUCGAGAGCUGGGCUAUAUUCGGAAACGGUGACGAUUCCGCAGAAGCUGCUCCUAGCGAAAGUGCGUCCCAAAUUAGUGCUGGAGGGUCGAUCAAAUCAGCUGUCUCGGUUGCUGAAGUGGCUAGGCUAAGACGAAUGGAAGAAUGCGCCACUAGAGCUGGCCUGGAGGCGAAGGCGAAGGUGUUACUCGAAAGGCAAGAACUUGAAGUAAAAAUGGCUGAACUGGAAAGAAAAAGAGAAAUUUUGGAAAUCACCGAAGCCAUUGCAAUCUCAGAGGCAAGGGCAAUCGAACUUGGCAAGCACGAAAACGACACAAAAACGAAUCAUGACAUACACGAACCGAAGCCGAUCUGCACGACCCAAACGAUAAACAAAACUGGAUCCGAAGCAAGGCUAAGACGCAGCGAUCGAAGUGAAACGUUAGGUGUACCCGAUUCCAACGACUCUCCAACCGACAGCAGGGACAUCGCGAAGGCAUUACGACAAGAAAGGGAGCUGACUGCUGGAUUGAUGCGCCUACCGCCAGUAGAGUUGACAAAGUUUGGAGGUGACGUAACUGAAUUUCCGCAUUUCAUUAGGACAUUUGAAUUAAAAAUAGCUUCAAAAUUAUCAACUGACGAAGAAAAAUUAUUUUAUUUAGAACAAAACAUGAUACCAAGAACCAAGCCACAUGACAUUGUAACAGCCUGUUUGUAUCUCGAUAAUGGAUAUCAGGAAGCAGUUGACCUACUUUCAAGGCGGUAUGGCACAGAGAGCGCCUUGGCUGCCGCAUUUGUCGAUAGAUUCGAACAUCUUAGACCGUUGAAAUCAGAAGACGUCGAAGGACUGGACAAAUUCGCACUUGAGCUACUGAAAUGUAAAAAUGCUUUUUGCGUAGGAAGUAUGGCUAUGAGUGAUCCUAGAACUAUGAGAAGCAUAAGUUCAAAAUUGCCACAACAUUCACAGCAUAGAUGGCGACAACGAGCCGAUGCGAUCGACGAAGGUGAAGGCAGAGCUGUUAAUUUUGAGAAUCUUGUAAAAUUUGUUGCAAAGGAGGCAAGAGUCGCUACGAACCCAGUCUUUGGAAAUUACAUGAUGAGAUCAGAUACAAAACAAUCUUAUUCUUUUUCUAGUUCUCCAAAAGGCCAGUCACAUACUAUUGUGGCUAGAACUCAACUGAAUACCAGCGACCUUUGCUUUCAUUGUCAAGAUGGAAAACAUGAAAUUACAGGUUGUAGUACAUUUGCAAGCUUGCCACAUGAAGAAAAGGUGUCAAUUAUUCGAAAUUCUGCUUUAUGUUUCGCGUGUCUCAAAAUGGGCCAUCGUAGUGCCGACUGCAAGCGCCGCGCCCAUUGCUCGAUUUGCGAACGACGACACCCCACUUCUAUGCACGUCUUCGAGUUACGUGAUAAUAGGGAGCAUGUGAAUGACGACCAAAGGGUAACUUCUUGCAGGAUAAGUGAAACAUAUGUUCCUCUGAAAACGGCUCUCCCCAUCGUACCUGUGGUACUACACUGCGGUGUUAAGAAGGAAAUCACGUUUGCGUUCCUCGACAGCGGUUCUACGCAUUCAUUCAUUUCGGAAGAGCUGAUAGAGAGGUUAAAAUUACGGCGAUUGCCACAUAAAAAAAUUGUUAUUGACUACUGUGAACAAGAAGGAAGAAAGUACAGCAAAAAUAGUAAAGGACACUUGGUUGUCUGACUUCGACAGCGGAAACACCCUGAAACUACCUCAUUUGUUUUCUCUUCGAAACAUUCCAGUGGAUAGCUCAGAGUUCCCUUCUCAGGCUGAAAUCAGCAAGUGGGAGCAUUUAAGAGAUAUUCAACUGCCUGAUUGUAAAAACGUAAAAGUCGGGCUUUUGCUAGGAUCCAAUGCAUUCUUAGCCAUGGAACCGUUACAAGUAAUACCCAGCAUUGGCGAGAAUAGUCCAUUCGCUGUUAGAACACGAUACGGGUGGAUCGUAAGUGGCCUCAGAGGCAUUUCUGCAUCCAUUCCCGUCGCAAAUUGCAAGAUUCGCGUAAACCAAAAAUCAGAAAUACAGGGCAUUCAGCAGCCGCAGAUAGUACAGCUUUACAAUAAGAAACACGAAGCAGGCGUACAUUCGUGUAAGACGGAAGACUCUGUUUGGAAGAGAGUCAAGAGAAAAGCAAAGCUGGCGUCAAACUACAACUGUAUAUGGAAAACAUGUUUUUUGCUCAGCCUGUUCCUUACGUUAGUGAUGCACAAAACAACAAUAUUGCCAGACAAAAUGGCUGACGUUCCGUCGGACCGAAUACAAGCUCAAGCUACAAGAGGAACAAAUUUCAUAGGAGCAAGCGGGGAGUUGCGUUUGGAAAUACCGAAACAAUCCGACAGUGGACCGUUCUUGCAAAGCACAAUGUUGAAUCGAGGCAUUGAUUGGAAGAUUCGAAGAGUGCUAAAAUCUGUUUUGACAUUACAGCCUCUAAGAGACGAGACACUAAGAACCCUGUUUUGUGAAAUUGAGAGCAUACUAUAUAGCAGACUGCUGACACCCAUAUCCAGCGACGUAAGGGACGAACCUCCCACCUCUCCAAAUUACUGGUUACUCCAUGGCGGUCGUGGCGUGACUCUACCCUUUACAGUCUUUUUGCAAGCUGAGCGCGUCAAUAAGAAAAGAUGGAAGCAGGCUUUUUAUCUUGCAAAUGCAUUUUGGAAGCGAUGGGGAUCAGAAUACUUGCCGACGCUUCAAGAGAGACAAAAAAUAUCAACUCUAAGAACAAAUCUGCAACAAGAAAACACAGUUCUUCUAGUCGAUGACGUGGUUCCCAGGGGCCAGUGGCCACUUGGUCUGGUGGAAGCUGUCCGAGCGAAUGCAGAUGGGCUGGUUCGGUCCGCGACCAUCAGAACAAGAGGAUUAAUAGUUGAGCGACCAGUAACAAAACUGGUAAAGUUAAAUUGAACUUUCAUCGAACUGAACUCGAAAAGCCGAAUUGAAACCUAGAUGCAACUAUGCAGACAAUUGAAGAGCCCCUAGUGGUUUCAAGGGGUGGGUGUUAGUGCCGUUUCGUGCUUCAUGUCCCGCGGAGGAGCAAUAAGAUAUCGCCUCGAGACUUGCCUAAGAAAUUUGAAUUUAUUUUCACGAGUUGUUCGAUUGAAAACCUAAUUUUUGUACUUGAUAUUUAUACUUAGUUCACAUGGUUAUUUAAAUAUUAAUUUGUUUCUGAAUCAAGAACCUCGCAGACUUAUGUAAGUAACUUAAACUACGUGUACUUUCGAUCCUUGCUAACUAUGAAUUUAAAUGUGCUUAUGUCAAGAGAAUUUGUUGACCUAAAUGCUGAAUGGAGUUGUCUGUUGUGUCAAUUUUAUGUUGUCCUGUG